CCGAGCCGUCAGUCCCGCCCUCGGUCCUUUCGCGUUUUCGGUUAGUCUCCGUUCGACGUUCGAACGGUGAAGUGUGAAUAGCGCGUGCGCGCACCGGUUACUGUGGCGUACUGCGAGGUUAUCAUGGACGCGCCCGGCGGAGCGCGCGAGCCCCGCUUCGGGUCGCCGUACGGCAUUGGACUGUUGGGAGAGGUGCCCGAUAUGUAUGGCACGGGGCGGCCGCCCAGCUCGCUCGGCGGCGCCCUGCGGCAGGGCAUGCAGCCGUGCCCGGUGUCGCGCGGCGUGAAGCGGCCCUCAGAGCAGUGCUACGACGACCGCCCGCCGCAGAGCCUCGGCCUCGACCCCUGCCAGAUGCAGGACAUCGCCGACGACGGCUAUGCCUCCCUGCAGCCCAAGAAGUCGCCCCCGUCCAAUGGCAAGAAGACGAAAGGCCGCGUCAAGAUUAAGAUGGAAUACAUAGACAACAAGCUGCGGCGGUACACUACCUUCUCUAAGCGGAAGACCGGCAUUAUGAAGAAGGCAUACGAGCUAUCCACCUUGACCGGGACACAAGUGAUGCUACUAGUCGCGUCAGAGACUGGCCACGUUUACACGUUCGCCACGAGGAAGCUGCAGCCGAUGAUCACCUCAGACUCGGGCAAACGGCUCAUUCAGACGUGUCUCAACUCCCCCGACCCGCCCACGACGAGCGAGCAGCGCAUGGCGGCCACCGGGUUCGAGGAAACGGAGCUGACUUACAAUGUCGUUGAUGAGGAUAUGAAGGACGAGCCAGCAUCAUCAGGAGACAGCGGAGAUGAGAGCGGAAGCGAGCCGGAAUCACCAACAGAGAAGUUGCUUCAACAACAGAACCACAGACAACAGGAGUGGACCGUUACUGAGAACAACGACCGAGAGAUCAACAGCCGGGACCACCCCAACGACCCUCAAGCAUCGACAUCGUCAUCAACCCAGGAACCAGACAGCAGUAAGCCGCACCAACAGAACUUGCCGAAGAUUUUGCCUAAAAUCGAUCUGCCGGGCGGCGCCAUGUUGUACCAUUCUGGAGUGCUAGCUGGAGUGGGCUUAGACGGACUCGGAUCUAACCUUGGACUAGGAAACUUGGCUAUGGGAUACCCGCAUAGCUUUAUAUUGGGACUGGCGAAUCAAGGACAGGAAGGUGCAUCAUCAUCAACCCAGCCGCAGUUUAUAACGAUCCCCCUGUCAAUGGCGAUGGCGGCGGCUGCUGGUAACCCGUCCAGCACCAACGGUUGUCCAGUCGGCGCGUCCAGUGAUGACAGCAGCGAACUCCAGGAUCUGAGCACUGGAACGCGGAAGUGACCGGAGAUUACAGUUGACUGAUGCGGGGAGUAUACAGCAUAUGUCCUGCGAAAAUUAAGUAAUAUUAUAAAAAAAAAACCGUUUACCAAAGUGCUAUUUGGAAUUUGUAUCCGCUUAACUGCAUUCGCUCAUAUAGAAUACACUUUGUCAUUCUAAAGUUAUCAAUUGUAAAGUAUAUCUUUUUAAGAUAGACUCUUCUAGUAAACAAAUAAUUGACACUGUUACUUAUUUUCCCGCUAAAAUCACAGCGUAUUUUUCACUUAAAACUCCGUGGUUCAGUGGUUGAGCGUCAAACACACAAUCCAGAGGCGCCGGUUUCAAAACCCGGUGGGGACAUAUCACAAAAAUCACUUUGUGAUCCCUAGUUUGGUUAGGACAUUACAGGCUGAUCACCUGAUUGCACGUUAAGCCAUUGGACCCGGUUACUACUUACUGAUGUAAGUAUGUACCUAGCUGUUACGUGAGUCAUGUCAGGGGCUUUUGGCGGCCCAAUCAUAACCCUGACACCAGGGUUGAUGAGGUUGGUAAUACACCUACAAAAUAAGAAGACUUGAAACGAAAUGUUUUAAAAUCACAUACUUAACAUUAGUUAUGGCGCUUGGUUUGUUAAAAAUGAUCAAAUUUUGAAAUCAUUACUUCAAUUCAUAUACAUCAUAUUAUUAUACAUAUUACUAUUAAAUGUAUAUUUUACUAUCAGAGACUUGUUCCUGCAGACAAACAGUUUUGCAAGGCAUUGCUAAAUUAUAUAUUAUUAUUUAGUAUUAAGAUUUAAUACAUAAA